GGGGUGGGACUCCCCGUCUCUAUGGAGACCGAGAAACAGGGGAUAAUACGGUGGAACCGCCUGGGCUGCAGUCCCGCCCCGGAGCCGGCAGGGAGCAGAGCUGUGGAGCCGCCCGGUCUCCCGCGUUCCUAGGUCCGUUCUUGCGUCCUUCUGUCCAUCGAACACGAACUGCAGGAACAGCCACCAAGUAGAAGCAGGGCUCUGGGACCCAGGGACACAAUGAGUGCUGGCCCCUCUCCCCAGGCAGCUCCAUCUCCAACAGGGUUUAUGGCCUAAGUGCCCGUAACUCAGACUUUGGGUGGUAUGGCAACGAGCACAGAUGUGGCUGGGCUGGAAGAAAGCUUCCGCAAAUUUGCCAUCCAUGGUGACCCCAAGGCCAGUGGGCAAGAGAUGAAUGGCAAGAACUGGGCCAAGCUAUGCAAAGACUGCAAGGUGGCUGACGGAAAGGCCGUGACAGGGACGGAUGUCGACAUCGUCUUCUCCAAAGUCAAGGGAAAAUCGGCUCGAGUGAUCAACUAUGAGGAGUUCAAGAAGGCCCUAGAAGAGCUGGCAAUGAAGCGAUUCAAAGGGAAGAGUAAGGAGGAAGCCUUCGAUGCUGUCUGCCAGCUGGUGGCAGGCAAGGAACCAGCGAAUGUGGGCGUCACUAAAGCAAAGACAGGAGGUGCUGUGGAACGGCUGACCGACACCAGCAAGUACACUGGCUCCCACAAGGAGCGCUUUGAUGAGAGUGGCAAGGGCAAGGGCAUCGCUGGACGUCAGGACAUCCUGGAUGACAGCGGCUAUGUGAGUGCCUACAAGAAUGCAGGCACCUAUGAUGCCAAAGUGAAGAAGUGAGGCCAGGAAGGCCCCCCAGUGUGGCUACACCCAGCAGAGGCUCAGGCCUGGGCCUAAAGGGCAUGUGGAGCAAGAGAACCCUGUCCCCUCCCUGCUGGACCUGCCACCCAGAGCUUCCUGCCCAGCCCCACGGGGCUAGCCCACCAGGCCUCUGACCCAGACUGCUCUGCGUCCCCUUUCCCUUCCUCUUUUCCUCCCUGACUUCUGGAUGUCUGAGGAGAGUCUGUGCCUAUAGCCUCACUGCCCCAACCUAGCCCUGGGCAUGGCUAACCCCUGCGUGCUUGCCUCAUAUUUAGGCAAGUGCCUAAUUCUUACCCUGACCUCAAUAAAGACACAUUUUGU